UCCUCUCAGGGCAGCCCAGAGCUCUAGCUUUGCCGCUUCAAGCUCGUUGCGUGCCGGUGCUCGGCAUUUGAGGUUGGUCAUCGCUCUAAGGAUGCUUUAUAGAGGUUAAAUAAUAUCAAAGCACAGCCAUUUAGCUUUUUUUUUUCUUUUCACGAGCUAAAAGCCUCUAAUACAUGUAGAUGUAUCAGAGCUGUCUAAGAGACUUAAGUAUUCUCCAUCAGUAAGCCCUUGCAGACCUGGAGCCUGAAUAGGGCAGAAGUCAAACAGGGAGAGGACUAGACAGAAAGAAAUAUUUAAGUAUUUAGAGCAAUCUAAGCCACCUGGUGUGCAGACAGUAAAUUCCUGUAUCUUUGGCUGUGUGCUUGUUAAAGCCAAGCAUAAGGGAAAUGGGCACCAGCUGUGCAGAGUAGGGUAGGAGGGCAGGGAGCAUCUCUGUGGGGCAGGGGGAUGAUAAGUGGACAAUGGUGUCUUGCUUUCCGUGCAGGUUAAAGGUACACUGGCUGAGAGGAGCAGGAGGAAUGUGCCUGAGAGGUAAAGACGAGGGAUAUGCACUUGAAAGAAGAGUGACUGCACCUGAAGGCAUUGCUUAGAAGAGGAAGGUGUAUGCUAAUGAGUAAUUUCAAGAAGCACCAGGGUCAACUAUAGGAAGAAAUGCAGCCUUGGAUCAGGAGGGAAAGGUAAGUGUGAAAGUCAUCAGCACUGACUAGACUGAGCGAAGUCACCCAGAGGCCAGGGCAGAGGGAGGAGAGAAGAGAAGAAGCCUACCAAAGCCAGAAACCAGCAGAAAAGAAGUUCUGAGAAUGGAUGAAGACUUCAAAACACAGGCUCUUGACUCUACUCUUCAAAGUCCGUCAGAGACAUUACUUCCCAUUCGGCUGUUAGAUUUUAAAACAAGUUUAUUGGAGGCAAUAGAAGAACUGCGUAUAAGAAGGGAAACAGAGAUUAAUUAUGAAGAUCAAAUAAGUAAAAUUGUUGUAGAGAAACAGGAACUUGAAUGGCAGAAGGAAACUCUGCAGCAUCAGAUGGACACAUUGCACCAACAAAACAAAGAAGCUAUGGCAGCUUUUAAAAAACAGUUACAGGCAAGGAUGUUUGCCAUGGAAGAAGAAAAGGGAAAAUAUCAACUUGCUGUAGAAACAAAAGAAAAAGAAAUUGUUGGACUGAAAGAAGCAUUAAAAGCAUUACAGAUUUCCAAAUACACUUUACAAAAGAAACUGAAUGAAAUGGAUCAAAAAUUACAGAUGCACUUAAUAACAAAAGAGGAGCAUCAUAAGAAGCUGAAUGAGGUUGAGAGGUGUUAUGUGACUAUUGCAUGUCAGUUUGGAAUUGUAAAAGGCGUUCAUGAAAAACUAGAGCACAGUGUACAGGAAGCAAUACAGCUCAAUAAGAAACUAGCAUCAGUGAAUAAAAGACAAGAGACUGAAAUAAAUAAUCUGAAGGAAGAACUGAAGAAAGCAACUACAGACUUGAUAAGGUCCAAGGUCACAUCUCAGUACAGGGUGGGAGAAGAAAACAUCAAUCUUGCAGCAAAGGAAAAACAGUUUGAAGAAUUGCAACAAAAAAUCAGAAUGGAGACAGCAGUCAGUAAAAAAGUUCAAGAAGAAAACACUCACAUUAAAGAAGAAAAGCUGGAAGUUCUCAGCUCUCUACAAUGUGUGCAGGAGCUGCUUCAGCGAAUAACCCAAACGAAUGUUAGAAUGGAAAGUGAAUUAAAUGCACUGAAAGAAGAAUAUCAGACCCUUGAAAGAGAUAAUGAGCUGCAAAGGGAGAAGGCAAAGGAAAAUGAAGAAAAGUUCCUUAAUCUUCAGAAUGAGCAUGAGAAAGCACUAAGAACUUGGAAAAAAGAUGAGGAAAACAUGAGAAGAGAGAUAGACACUAUUAAAAAUAAGCUGAAUUCCCUUAAAGAAGUUCAUGGACAUCCUGAAGAUUAUCAUCCUCCUCAGGGAAACCAGUAUUCUGAGCAAGGGGAAAAUCUGCAGAGUGAUCAAGAACACUCAAAAGACAGUGAAGUGCAGGCUAUUCAGAAAGAAAAUGAGGGUAUGCAAUCCAUAAUAAGAAAAGACCAUAAUUUUGGAUGUGAUGCAGAAACUGAAGUAAAAACCACAAUGGACUACUCUUUAAGCACUGAGGAGUUAAAGCCAGAACAAAGUUUACAAGUUAUUGAAAACAGUUUUAAGGAUGAAAUUAAUGUUGCUAGCCCUUAUGAAGAAAAUCAAAGGGAGGCUUCUCCCAGGAAUACCCUCUGCACAGAUACUGAUUUAAUUACCCAAGGGCAGACCUCGGAAAUACAUGUCACUGAGUGUAAAGGAGCAGAAAAUCUAGGAGCAACACAUAGAAUGUUACUGGAGGAAAACAAUGCAAAUUUAGAACAAAAACUACAGGACAGCACUGAGCCAUUGGCAGCACGACACACACAAACAAGAGAAGUCUUUUUAGACAGUACUGACACUGUAGGUGUCUACAAGAAAAAUGCAAGUCAGGAGACCGACUCUAGCAAGCAAAAAUUAUGCAAUACCACAGAUGAAUCAAUUUUUACUAUGGCAGAUAAAAAAUCAAAUACCGUACAACACAACGAAAGCGUCCUUACACCUGAAGCACCCAAAACCGAGUCUGAAGUGGUUCUUUGUCCUGAAAAGAAUGCUGUGUGUGAGAGAAGAACAGAUAAUCAUCAGACUAAGGAAUUAUGUUUUGACAUCCUAUCUCAUACUAAAGAAAAUUCUCAAACAGAAUACCAAAAAUGUAGCUUGCUGGACAGCGGCAAUUACAUAGGUAAUGGACUACAUAAAACAGCAGAAACCCUGUUAAAUCUGAGUGGUUCACAUACAGAUAAACUUCCUUUUAAACAGCCACAUGUAGACAUUGAAGACAGAAAUUAUGAUGACAAUACCAGAAGCGUAAACAGAAAUGGUGCACUGAAGAGUACUGGUGUUCCAGCAACCGAUGCUCAAAAUCUACCAACCGUUCAUUGUGAUAAUGCAAGCAGUGAUGAUGCCACAAAUGAACACAGUGAUACUGUGUCUUUCUUGGAUAUUUUCAAUUUAUGCCCCCCAAAAAUAGAAAGAGGAAUAAGUGUGGAUGUCAUGCACGGCAAGCAACCUGAACAAGGCAGUACUGAGCAAACAGGGAAUGAUACAAAUAAAUGCACUUUGAAGGCUGAAACUGUAUCUCCAGUAAAGGGUGACGGUCUUGAAAUAAUUGUUCAUAAAAAUACGCCAACAGAUAGUAUUAGUACAGAUAAACUAAUUGCAUGUAAAGAAGUUAAUGAUGAUAUUCAGACACACUCCUUCAAAAAUGGACAUUCUCUGGAGAUUAAUAAUUCAACAAAUAACAUGUUGUUAAAAGAUAAAAAAGACUCACCAAAUAGUACAGUUCCAGGAAGGAAGUUUGCUGAGGGUCACCUGAAAGAAUCAUGCUCUUUACCCAUGAGAACAUCUGGAAAUUUAGUAAACAUAAGUGGAAGGUCGUCCUUUGAUCUUUCAACCUCAGAUAAAAAAGCUGAGAAAACGCCAGUAUACUCAAAUUUUUUAGACCUCCGAUCUUGUUCAAGAGUAAAUCAAAUGAGAGGUCAAGCUACACGGACUUCAGCUUUCAAGGAACCUUCCCUUUUGAAAGAGAAACUACCAUGCUUCGUGGAAAACACAAAGGUUAUUUCAAAAACACAGUGUCAGAAUCUCAGUGAAAAUGUUGACAGAAGAGAAACAGGACUAGAUUCUACUAGUUUUAACAGAGCUGCCGACACUUUGAAUACCUCUAGUAUCCACCGAGAUCCCCAGGGAGACCCUAGUGAAGAAUGGAAUGCUAUAGCAAAGACUUUUUAUGAUUCUUCUUUUCCCACAGAACAUGUGAAAGGAGGAUUUGCUACUUUCCAGCAUGAGCAGAAGUCUUCUCACAUGACUGCAGCUCAAGCAAGAAGUGAAAGUGCCCUCAGAGAUGAGGACAGCUGCUCUCCUUGUAACUCCAUUUUACAAAACCAAACAGAAGAAAUUCAGAAAUUCCUGAAUUUGGACAGACUUCAUUCAGCAAGAAAAAGAAAAUAUGAAGGCAGCCCGUGAAGAUCAGUGGCAGCAGACAAAAAGCAUGUCUUUUAGACACAGAUAAAUCUCUUACAUAAAACAGAUUUGUAGAGGUAUUCCUAUAGAAUAUGGUAGAUAUGCACUGUGCUAUCACGUUUAAUACAGCGUAUAGACUUUUUUCCAGUUCAAAAAUUAAUACAAUCCUUACUAGUAACAUUAGUUCUCUGUUUCUGCAAUCAAAUCUGAGUUGUUAUGCGUUCUGUCCAAAGUUAAAAAGUUGACAAGUUAAUGUUUUAAUAACGACUAAGCAAUAUUAAAUGAUGACUUAAGAGUACCCUCCUCCUGCUCCUCAGAACUCAGAAGUUUUGGCUGAAAUACUUCAAUUUGGUUUCUCUGUCAGACUGCUCACUCAGUUUUCAAGCAAAAUCAGCCGCAACUGUUUCAAAACACAACAGUUUCUACAAGCAUUUACAACAACUUACAGCAGUUCUAAGUGGCAGGAGAACAGGAAAAUCUUCUGAUUACCUUUACUGCCAAAUUAUUUAAAUUUAUCUGUUGUAGUUGAUUCUGUACCGACGACGUCCCCCCUUUCAACACUAGAGCAUCAGGUACGAUUUACAAAGGUAACGCAGCAGAUCUGGCUUCAUAAAGCUUCACUUCUGACUGGUUCACAUUCACAUUUUCCCUCCCUUAGUAUAUAAGGGAAAUUUUCCCUUACUCUACGAUUACUUGCAAUAUUAUUUUUCUGAUCUCUCUCCCUUCCUCCCCACACCUCCUGCAAAGAAAGAUCCUCAUAUUGUAAAGUUAAACAAGAACAAAAGAAGCAUAACCAAUAUUGCUGUUUGGUGUUGCUAAUUAUGUAAGAAAAAUCAACCGAAGAUAUUUUCCCAUGUUGGUUUUAUUGCUUUUUUUUGUGUUGCAAUUUAGAAUAUUUAGCUUCUUUAAACCAAUUGCAUACAUUUUGGAAACAUUCACAAAUUGUUGAAGUUUUUAAUAAAUUUCAUCUAUAGUGACAUUACUAGGUCAAAAAAAAUUUUUUAGGUGUCUGAGAGGCUGAGGAGACUGUUUUUCACUUGAUUCAAAUUUUGUUUCCAGGUGUUUAGAG